CGCGGCCAGUUUCCUCCCCCGAGGGGCUGCCGGGCCGGCCGGCUGGCUGUCGCGGCGACGGCUGCAGGCCGUGCCCUCCGAGGGGAGGAGUGGUCACGAGUGUCCUGUCCUUGAGCAGCCCUGCCGGUUCCCUGUCUCCCCGGGGCUCGGCGUGCCCGGCCUCCCCGCCGACCCCCCUCUGCAGCCGGGGCUUCUCGGCCGCGGGCGCUCGGAUGUCAUGUGGCCCGUGUUCUGGACCGUGGUGCGUACCUAUGCCCCCUACGCCACAUUUCCCGUGGCCUUUGUGGUCGGGGCCGUGGGCUACCACCUGGAAUGGUUCAUCAGGGGAAAGGCUCCCCAGCCCGUGGAGGAGGAGAAGAGCAUCUCCGAGCGGCGGGAGGAGCGCAAGCUGGACGAACUGCUCGGCAAGGACCACACCCAGGUGGUGAGCCUUAAGGACAAGUUGGAAUUUGCGCCUAAAGCUGUCCUGAACAGAAACCGCCCGGAGAAGAAUUGAUGGAGGACAUGGCCCUCCGUGUCAUUCCAGGGCCCGUGACUAGUCCUGCUGCCACAUCCGCCGAGCCUCAGGACCCACGUCUGAUUUGCUUUACUGCUGCUUCUGGCCCCUCCCGCACCAACCAGCCAUACCCAUCCUGCCCGCUGCCCGCACCAGCAGCUGAGAGGCCAGCGGAGAGGAAUGCCCCUGGGCACUCCUGGGUAAAGGCUGCAGCUGCUGACCGGCGACCCUUGGGCCUCUGCGUAGGGCUCACAGCUGGGCGGACUGUUAGGAAAUGAACUUUGCCUCCCGUCUCCCUGGAGAGACAGUUGGGACUCAAGCUAUGUUGGGGCCGGGGGUGUUGCCUUCAGGAGGGAUUUGUGUGUGUCUAGAUCCAGGUCACACUAGGAAGAAUUCAAAACUACCUGGUUCUCCUUGUUCGUUUGUCUUGUUCUUUGUGCUCAUCUUCCUGACUCUCCUGUCGGCUCCAGAAUGGGAUUCUCCAAGAAAGGAAAGCAGUUCUUUGUUCUUGGGAGCCCAGCUCUUCAUCUGAGAGCAGGUGAAUUUGCUGGGAAACAGUCACCAUCUUUUAGCCCCCAUCACUGUGUAGUGCACAGCUCAAUUAAAGUGGCAUUUGAGAAGCA